AUAAAAGUAAAGAACAAAGUACAGUAUGGUAUCAGUUAAUCAAUAAUCGACAAUCAGUGAAUAUCUCGAGUGUACUUUGAUUGGAAAUUAAAAAAAAAAACAACAAGAUGAAAUUCCAAUUUGCUUUAUCGAUGGUCAUACUUAUGUUGGCUACAACGACACAAGGAUUAAGUUUAGGAGGAAGCAGAACUUCUAAUCUAAAUCAACAGACAUCCCUUAGUGCCGAUAUUACACCAACCGUUACCCUUUAUCAAUAUCCACCUCAAUAUCAAGUCAUUCACAGAACAAUCCGUCCAGUUGUUCGUCGGACUAUUUAUGUCCCAGAGCCAUCACCAUCAAGCACCGAUAUUGAAAGGGUGUUACCUGAUUUAAUUAGAAGUAUUAUUCCAAGUGAAUUAUCUGAAGCUAUUGGUGGAAUAACAUCAGGGCUAGGCCGUAUUCUUACGCCAUCAUCACCAGCGCCUGUGGUAUUUUCGGCUCCAGUUCGAGCUUCAGCACCAAUUAACCAAGGUUAUUAUUUGUAUUAAACGA